GCCCAAGCGGGGCACAGCGCAGCGCGCGCACCGCCUCGCCCUCGCCCUCGCCGCCUCCGCCUCCCCACCCCACCGGCCACCGCUCCUCCCCUCCGUUGGAGCCCGCUGGAAUCCCAGGAGGCGGCGCAUCCUCGGCGAAAUCGCCGUCGCGCCGGUAAAACACUAUUCUGUCAUGAGGACUUUUCAGGGUCAAAACCCUGAGAAUAGGGGAGACCAUACUUGCAAGUCUUUGCCUUCCAAAAAGAAGCUUUGCAAGGUACCUGAAUCGGUUGAAGGGCAUAUUAUUGAUGACGAUGAUGAUGACAGCAGCAAGGAUUACUCUGUGCGAGACGCAUCAAAGCAGGUUGUCCUUUACAAUCCUGAGAUCACACAUGAUAAGCAAAGUGACACGGAUUACUAUACUUCACCGCGCCAAAGUUCCAAGAAGCCAAGAUAUGGAUAUGGCACGGUUCUACCUUCUAUUGGUGCUUAUACUGUGCAGUGUGCCACCUGCUACAAAUGGAGGAUCGUUCCAACAAAAGAAAAAUAUGAAGAGCUGCGGGAGAGUAUUUCUCAGGAGCUUUUUGUAUGCACAAGGGCUAGUGAGUGGAACCGUGCAUUAUCAUGUGACGAACCGGAAGAUAUGUCACAAGAUGGAAGUAGGGUGUGGGCGCUUGAUAAGCCAAACAUUGCCCAACCCCCACCUGGCUGGGACAGGGAGGUCAGAAUCAGAGGGGCUUCCACCAAGUUUGCAGAUGUGUAUUACACUUCUCCAUCUGGGAAAAAGUUGAGGUCAUUGGUUGAAAUCGGAAGGUACUUGAAAGAGAACCCACACUACAUCAGGGAAGGGGUUAACUUAUCUCAGUUCUCAUUUGCUACUCCUAAACCCCUGCAAGAAGACUAUGUUCGAAAGCAUACACUAAGAGAUGCUCAUGAGCUGCUAGAGUUUCCUGAGAUAGCUCAAGUUGAUCCACUGUGUUGGGCAGCACCUCCUACUCGCAGAGAACUGCUCACUGGACCUAGCUCUUCAACUUCAGAUCCUGCUAGCAUCAACCAACCUGAGAUGUCGGACCGCGUCGACCUUCACCAGCCUGAGGCAUCUGAACCACCAUCUCGGUACCGCAAUAUGAGAGCCCUGAAGCAAUUGUCCUCGAGGAAGUGACAAAGGACUUUGCCAGCAGCGAGCAGUCCACUCGGAGAGCAAUCUGGUGGGCACUUCAUUGACAUUGACUAUGUGCCGCUGUGAACUCCAGACACAGUAGCCUCCUUGCUGCGGGCCUGCUCUUGUUUUGGUAUCAUUUGCUGCACCUGUUCCGAGAGGGGGCAUUAACCUAUAAGCAGCCUAGGGUCUUUGCAGUCUAAGGGCGCGGUUGAGCAGAUGAAUCGAAUUUUGGUAAUGUAUAUAUGCCGGACAUGGUCGUACUGACCACCAAACUAGGCAGCUGGUAUCAGAUACCUUGCAGAAUGUUUGGUGUAUGUAUGCAUUUUCGUGCUAAACCGGUAUUGUAGGGCUACUGAUACCAGUGUAACAUGAAGGCUUAGAGCAAAAUGAACAUGUUGGAUCUCCCAAAGCUUCUGGAC